CGCUGCGAUCAUCCCCACAGUACUGAUGGCGUAUUGGCGUUCGCUGGCUGUUGCGGCAAUUUCGAAGCUGAGGCGGCGGCGGUGAGCUGCCUGGCUGUUGUGGCACGAAACUGCGAAGCAUUUUGAAAAUUUUGACAACGGCGGCCCCGAGAGGAUGGCGGACAACCAGCAGAGCAGAUACGAGAAGUCUCUCGGACUGCUGACCACGCGCUUUGUUACCCUUCUGCAGAAGGCCAAGGACGGCGUGCUCGAUUUGAAAGUGGCAGCAGACCUUCUGGAGGUCCGGCAGAAGAGAAGGAUAUACGAUAUUACAAAUGUACUCGAAGGCAUUGGGCUCAUUGAGAAGAAGAGCAAAAAUAGUAUUCAGUGGAAAGGUGCAGGGCCUGGAUGUAACUCACAAGAGGUUGGCGAUAAGUUGACCGACUUGAAGGAUGAACUAAGGCGACUAGAGGAACAUGAACAAAUGCUUGAUACGCACACACAGUGGGUCAAGCAAAGUAUCAAAAAUGUUGAGUGUGACUCGCACAAUAGAAGAUACGCUUAUAUAAAAUAUGAAGACCUCAAAGAGAUAUUCCAAGAUGAAUUUAUCUUGGCGGUUCAAGCCCCGACAGAUACACAACUUAAAGUGCCAAAAAUUGAAAAUAUGUCAGAGGAUAGUAAUGAUAAUGAAAUAAAUUAUGAAAUGCAUUUAAAGAGUACAACUGGUGAAAUUUCUGUAUAUAUUAUUCAACCGGAGUUGGCAGAAUCUUAUGACAACAGUUGUUUGAAACUGAGGUUGCAGCCUGAACCCACAAAAAGAGAACAAGAUCUGGUGGAAGAAAAGAAAGAACAAGUCAAACCAAAGAAGAAAGUUGGAAGGCCACCGAAAAAUCCUAAAGUUGAUCACGUAGCUUCUGAGGAUGAAGAAGAGGAAGAUCAAGAUAUAUUAGAAGCAAAAAUAGUUCUCCGAGAUGUUGAUGUGACAGGUUAUACACUUCGAAAUUUGGACUUUAUUGACGAAAUUUAUGCAGGCAUAUGCGGGCCAUUAGUAAGGUUAAGCCCGCCACCUGAAGAGAAGGAUUACCAAUUCAACCUCAGUGACAGUGAAGGCCUUUGCGAUCUUUUUGACAUCGCAGCACAAUGAGUUUGACUUAUUUUAGUUUUUUUUUUAUUGAUUCGACAUAUAUAUCCGGCUUAUGUCAGUUAAGUUUGUGAUCAAUUAAGUCUUGUUAUCGUUAUUCAAGGCUGAUGUAUAUAAUUUUAAAAGAUUAAUUAUCGCGGCUAAAGUCGGUGUCAAUAAGAUAGUUUUGAUAUUGGUUUAGGAAGAACAGCAGUUCUGGUGAACGACGUCUCAUGAGUUUUGGCAUUCAAGUCACAUUUGCUGCACUCAUAGACUUUAUUCACUAAAAAAAAUCUCUUUACAAUUUGCUCAGAUCAGUGGUCGAGUACGUCGUUUAAAAUGAACAAGUGACGUGGUGUCUGUGAAACUCGCGUUCUUGAUAUAAUAACGCAGUAUUUACUAUUUAACAUUUUUAUUUAGCCUUGUACAUAUAGUGAAUGUUAGCAAGCGUUAUUUUAUAAAAGAAGUAAAGAAGCAUCCAAACAAUCUUACGCUGUCAAAUCUUCGAUUUUAAAUUUACAUAUUUGAAAUUUUAAAGCGACGAAGUGAUCAAAACAAAUCAAGUUGACGAUGCAAAUGUCACUGCAUAUGAAGUAACGCCUGUAAUAAAACUUGUUAUAGGUAUUGUUAUAUUAUAGUAUUUGUGAAUAUUUUUCUCGCAAGCAUUAUUAAAUUUACACGAAAUGUAAGGAUUCCAUGCAAGUAAUAUAUUUUCGUUGAUACAACGAAUUUCAAAAUAAAUCAUUUGGUAUAAAUCA